UGGAGCAGCUGGUGGCGACGGCCGGCUUCCUGGGGCGGCAGCUGGUCGUCGUCCGGCCUGCCCUCCUAGUCGAGGCGGUGGAGGCCGGCUCGGUGCGGCGCGUGUUCCACGUGCACCACCGGCUGCUGCGGGUCAGCGCUGGCCACCAGGUGGAGCUGCGACCACCGGCGCCGGGCGACGGCGCCCAUCGCCAGACACAAGGCGCCCGGCUGCGGGAGCGCACGCUGGCCGUGGUCGUGCCGCGCGUGCAGCUGCAGUUCUACGUGAACGCCCUGCUGCCGCACAUCGCCGGUCUGGCGCUGGGGCGGCUGGCCGCUCAGUCCGCCACCGUGGACCUGCGCCAGCUGCUGUUCUCCCUGAUGGCGGUGGAGUUCCCGACGCUGGAGGGCUGGGACGCGCCCGAUGAGCCUGCGCUGCCGGACGCCAGGUGGCGCGACAUGGCCGCCGGCCUGCUGCGGCCGUACCUGGAGGCGUACCGGAUCGUCAUCGGAGUCAUGCUGGACUGGCUGCCGGAGGACGCUGCGCCGGACCGGAUCCAGCGGGAGGUCGAGGCACGCUGUGACCCGCACCAUCCGGCCGCCCACCUCUGCCUCUGCCGGGACGUCAUCAGCAACUGUAGAGCCGCGCUGCUGCGUCUGGGGGCCGGCACCGGAGCCGCCCGACCGGACGCCGCCCGAGCCGCGCUCUGGAGCCGGGAGCGUCUGCUGGAGGUGGCCGCGGCGCUGGACACGCUGCCGCCGGCCGCCGGCGCCGGGCCGGCCGCCAAGCUGUGA